UCCCAUUAGAGUUACUCAAAGUGCAUUGGCAUGCUUCCUUUUUUGGAAUGCACGACGAACACGAGGCACAUUCCAAUCUUUGGAUACGCGACUGUUACGCGUUCGACCACAAGCUGGCACACCAUGCAUAGAUGCCUUACGAUUCCCGAACUGGUGGAAUCCAUCGCUGAAAUGGUGAGGGAAUUGCACCAGGACGCGAAGUUCAAGGCAAAGGGCCCGGUCCAACAGGUGCCUAACCCGCUGUUUUCUAUGGUUCUGACUUGUCGCGCGUUCUAUGAACCGACGAUGAACGUCUUAUGGGACACUCUUAGCUCUUUGAUCCCCUUAAUGAAAUGUUUCCCAGGUCAUGUGUGGAAGGAAAAUGACGACGGCAAGGUGAGAUCUGUUAAGCCUCCUAGCCAUGAAGAUUGGGAUAGGUUCCUACGGAAUGCGAGACGGGUCCGUACAUUAGUUCUCGAUCAUUCUGAGCCAGCCUCUAGGGAUUGUCUACAAUUACUGUCAAUUCCACGCCCCGCGAUGCAACCGUUCCCCGGCCUCAAAUUCCUUUUGUGGGUUUGCGAUACUGAAAACACGAAAUCCUAUCUCAAUCUUUUCAUUGGGCCACGCCUGGAGAGGCUGUGGCUCAUGCGCGGCACCAGCAGCACACAAAUUGCUAUGUUCGAAGCUAUUAGGGAUCACGCGCCAAAUCUAGAACUUCUGAUCUUUGGACCAUCUGAAGAGUCUCCAGGCGUAGAUGAAGCACUCUCCAUGGCCAUGCUCAAGAUGUCACGCAUACGGAUUAUAUCCUCCGAAGGUGCCUUCACACUCUCUGGCGCUGCCUUUGCACAUAUCGGCACCCUUUCUACUCUUGUCAGUGUUGAUAUGCAUGUAAAAGACGGCCAAGAACUGAUUGACGCGUUGCUGGCGUCACCACUCGCUACCUUUCCUGUGUUGUCUCGCAUACACUUCGUGGUUAAGAAUCUAGGGUCUUCGUCCCUCACCGACCUCAUGCGGACAAUUCAAGCUCCACAAUUGCGCCGUGUCAUACUGGAAUUCGAAGAAAGGCCAUCCGCAACCGAGUUACGUCAACUCUUCCGGGCUGUUGCUACGCAUCGUUCAGUACACACUGUCGAAGUCUCACUUUCUCAUCCUGGUGCUCGGAUCCCACCCCCAGCGGAGGUCAAUCAUGCACAAGCAGCUGACAUCAGCACUUUGCUGCCUCUAUUGGCAUUGUCCAAUUUACGAAAUUUGGUGAUCGGCGACAUACCUGUAUACCUCGAUAGUGCUGCAAUUCAAGAGGUGGCCUCAUCGUGGCAGAAGCUUGAACUCCUGAAACUCGAGCCAGAAGGAAGUUCAUCCACUGUAGGCAUCCCGACCGCAAACGAGCUGGUUCACUUUGCCAAACACUGUCCGUCUCUGAGAACACUCCAUAUUUGGGUUGAUACGCUUGGAAUGACUCUGCAUGACUAUAGGCCCGGGAUGGGUCAUGUCUGCGAGUCUCUUACCUCCUUCUAUCCGGGACGUUCGCCCAUUUCUGACGUGAAUGCUGUGGCGGUAUUUCUGUCUGACAUAUUCCCGAACGCCAAAAUUCAAAGCGUCUCCAACAACGUGGCCAGUGCUGACGCAGCUAAAAUAUGGUCGCAGGUAGCCUGUAUGGUGCCUCUCCUUGGGCAGGUGAGGAAGCAGGAACGCAAGGGCGUUCCCGAUAUCAAUGCGCGCGACCUUUCGUGUUAGUUUCAUGUUCAGAGUUCACCUUGCCAAAUUAUCUCAGUACACCAGGCCUAACCUACCUCCGCAUACCCCUCAUCUAGUGAAACUGCUUCUCAGCUAUACUUCAAGCCUGACGGUCUGGACUCUGAUUUCUAAUGGACUACCUACCACAGGUGCUAUGUUGGUCGUCCGGAUUCUCCCAUGGUAUACAUGUUCUCCAGCUUUUUUUGCGGCUGCUUAAUGUACAGCAAGUAUAUCUAUGUUACGUCUACGACCAUGUAAUAGAAUCUUCAGUCUUGCGCUUGAAAUGCCAAAGUUACCUUGUCACGAACGCGCAGCGUAACGCUCACUGUCACUGUAAUGUA